AUGCAUGGUCAGCUUAAAAUCAUCAUUGCCUCUCUUCGGCCAUGUAGGAUGAGGCAAGUGCAAGCGUGAUUACAUAGAGAAAUAAUGUAUGCAGCCUGCAAAAUUAGAAAUUUAGCUGGCGAAUUAGUAUUUGUUAGAAUCUUUCUGAAAGUAAUUGUGCUUGAAGCUUUAUUUUUUGUUUUUGGAGUAUUGAAUGAAAUGCGAUUGCUUUAUUAA